AUGCUGGUUUCGUACUUGCGUCUGCAGGCAGACAGGCGCACAAGGCAUCAUAUGAUGGUUGAUGGGCAAAUAAAUCCUCGCGAGUGGUUUAAUUGGCAUCCGAAAGAGUAUCAGCCAUGGUACUUUGAUCGGCACAAAUUUCUUUAUGAGCAGCGGCAGUAUGCACAGUUUCAUCAUUUACUGUGUCACCAGGUGUAUUUGAAAGAUAUGCUUCAUCUCAUGCGUUACCCAGAGCCUUAUACUCAUAUUAUCGACUGUCGUACGUCUACGCAAAAGAUGCAUCGAUGGGUUCCUCACAGUCUAUGGUUACCUCGCGAUGAGGUUGAAUAUGCUUUGCAGUUGAGUGCUGAUGAAUUUCUUGAUAUGUAUGGGUUCAGGAAACCAGACAAGUCAGAUGAUGUUAUACUUUUGUCUCAUAAUGGAAUUUACUCGGAGCAAGCCGGGUGGGAGUGGAAAAAGCAGUUUUUCCAACAUGUGUAUAACUAUCGUGGGGGGACUAACGAGUUGUUUGGUGAGUCUUAUAGUGAUAUGAACGUUAGUGACGUGUUGUCUCCGUGGAAGGGCCCUUUUCCUCAGAGUGGAGUGUUUGUUGACAAGUGGAGCAAGAGGAAAGUGUUGACACGGACGGGACCGUUUGAUCGUCAGUACGAGAUGCAGGACUUUGCGUUGCCGGACCUUGAACUGGAGAAGGCAAGGCAUCCUGAAGAAGGUCCGCGGCAGAACAUGCCUUUCGGUCUUCAGUGA